GGGUCGGGAAUGCAGGCGUGACAUCGAGGUACUUCUUAAUCGUAUUCAUCGUCUCUGAUGUUGUUGACUGGGAAACUUCUCAGUCUGAGUCAUUACGGAAGUAUCUGUCACAAAGAAGAACCACAGAAAAUGUUCAGCAACACCGACCAAUCCCAAGAUGCUCGACACCCCUCUGGCUAUGACCUGAGCCCCAGAUCAGGAGACUACAGGCCUGACGACCGUGAAGACCACCGUGGAGGGGAUCGCCGUGAAGACAGCCAUGGAGAUGAUGACAAAGACCGCCAUGGAGGGGAUCGCCGUGAAGACAGCCAUGGAGAUGAAGGUAGAGACCGCCAUGGAGGAGGUCGCCGUGAAGACAGCCAUGGAGAUGAAGGUAGAGACCGCCAUGGAGGAGGUCGCCGUGAAGACAGCCAUGGAGAUGAAGGUAGAGACCGCCAUGGAGGAGGUCGCCGUGAAGACAGCCAUGGAGAUGAUGACAAAGAUCGCCAUGGAGGAGGUCGCCGUGAAGACAGCCAUGGAGAUGAUGGUAAAGACCGCCAUGGAGGAGGUCGCCGUGAAGACAGCCAUGGAGAUGAUGGUAAAGACCGCCAUGGAGGAGGUCGCCGUGAAGACAGCCAUGGAGAUGAAGGUAGAGACCGCCAUGGAGGGAGUAGCCGUGAAGACUGCCAUGGAGAUGUUGACAAAGACCGCCAUGGAGGGCGUCGCCACAGAGAUGAUCAUGAGGGCCGUAAUCAAAGCCCUCGUCGUCGUGACCAGAGCGGUGGCAGCGGCAGCGGCAGCGGCAGCGGCAGCGGCAGCAGCAGUGACGGACAAGGUGGCCGUCGUAGAAAACGUCACGGUCACGGGAAAGGUCACGGGAAAGGUCACGGUAAAGGUCACGGUCGUGGUCACGGUCGUGGUCACGGCCACGGCCACGGUGGGCACUGAUGAACACAGGUGAGAUCCAACGUUCUUCUCUCCAUCGGCUUCUUACUCCGACAUGAACACAAACGUUUCUGCCAAACAUGUUUCAGACGUGUCAAAGAGGAGCUUUGUGUUUCAUGAAACCUGUUUGUUUUAUUUUGAAGGCAGCAGACGUCGUGGUCACCGCUGUAUUUCUCUUGUGAAAUAAAACCUUCUGACAAACAGUCUGUUGUGUGUCUGUGUUGUAUGUCUGUCUAUUGUGUUGUGUGUGUGUGUCCAGCAGUUGUGUGGAGGUCUGAGUGGUGACAGAGAAAGACUGGAAUGGGUUUAAAUCAGGUAGCUUUAAGGUUGAGUUUCUGUCCCUCGUACUUUUUAUGCAUUUCGGAGGAUUCUGUACGUUUGAGGUUUAUAAAAUAAUGUUUAUACGAGCUGGGUAAUGACAACAUGAGUACAACCAGUCCUGUUGGCUCCUCCUCUCACGAGCCUGCAGACCAGCCAGCACCUCUGGGUGACAGGUGAGAGGUGACAGGUGAGUGAUGACAGGUGGGAGGUGACAGGUGAGAGGUGACUGGUGAGAGG